AUGACUCUCCGAUCAUCUCCGUCUCUUUUAUUUCCACUUCUCCUUAUCGCUGCUGUGGCUGCGGUGGGAUGUUGUUCGGCGGCAUUAAUGGAUUUGGUGUAUGAAGCGGAGACCGUCGCUGGCAGGUAUGGAGUACAAGGCACGACCAACGGCCUCCCUGGUGUAUCAUUGCUGAAUGACCCGGCUGCGGUUUGCCAGGGUCUCACAGAUGAUCAGAUCGUUAUUGGGGAUAGUACACACUUCCGUGCCUAUUCCCGCAGUACACAGGAGACCACCACGCUCUUUGGCACUGAUACCGCAGGAUCUGUAGAUGGAAGUUGGGCAACGGCGCAAGUAAGUCUUCCAGUGAGUUGUACUCGUGCUAAUCUCAACAAUGGGGCACGUGUGGUGUACUUUGUCCAAGGCAGUAGUGCGGUGCGGUACUUCACCAGCACCACUGUCGGCUCCGUUACGGUGGACCCAAAUCUCUCCUUCACAGGCGUUACCACCGAUCGCAAUUUGAAUCCCAACGGCGUGGCGACGAAAAUAUAUCUUACAGAACAGACGAAAGAUAAUGUCUGGCAAUGUUCAAUCGGUGCUGACGGUGUGCCUACAGGAUGUAUACUUCUAUCUGGAUUUCUCAGUGAUAUUAAUCGCUACAUCGCAGUCGCCGUCGUACCGGAGGGAAUACUAGUGGUGGGAGAGGGACCGAGUAGUACGGGAUUGGUGUGGUUUACAAACGCGGGGGAUAAUGUAUCGCUGAUCCCCAAUGCUAUUGUUGAUGUGAAGGCACUUCCAAACGGAAAAAUCUAUGCAUCGACUGCGGAUGAGUUGUAUCAUGUUACCCUGUGGUCGGAAAAUAAGUCGAUUGUGUUGAAUCGCUUCGCUGGUGAUAUCAGUGGUCCUUGUCCACCCGUUAAAGAUGGACAGAAUCCCAACUUUUGUGGAAACAAGAGACUAUUGGUGAUUGCAGAGAAUGAGAUGUAUGUAGUUUCCAAAUUAUAUAAUACCAUGCGCUCUGUGCUACUUCCUCCUGUUGAGAUUCCAGACGUACUAUCACGUCCACCACUUCCUGUUGGAUUUCCAGAUGAAAAUGAUAUUAUGCCAAAUCUCAGGGGACGUAUGAACACUGCACUAAACAGUCAUCUUUCUACAAGUGAUACCAUCGUUGGACCAAACAGUUUCGUUGUAAAUGACACCACCUGGCUUACAAAUUUUUCUGUACUUGUGCAACAGAGGAGUUUUGAUAACGACACCACAGAGGAUUUGGUGUUAAGUACGAAUUAUGUAGAUAUGGAAACAUUACUACGGGAAUACUAUGCCCGCACAAAUUAUGUGGUGUUUAUGGAUACCAAUAUUGUUCCCUACUGCGAUGACGCCAAACUAUUCGCCAUGGAACAUGGUAUAGUGGCAAUAGUACGGGGUGUACUUCAAUUUCCACGCAUCUAUGCAGAUCCACCAUUGGCGGUUACCAUUAAUAAUAUCCCAAAUAUAUCAACCAUGAAACUACUGAUGUCAGCAACAUUUGGUAAUGAUACCACCACGACAUUACUGGAGGAUGUCAAUCUCACAGAUGUCUCACUGGAGGUUAUUCGUCAACUCUACAUGCCUGACAAUGUUGUGCGUCUAAGUUUCCCAACCCCACGCUUUGACUUCAGUGGCCUUACAAAAGAACAUGAGAAUGAUUUACGGUGGGCCAUUCUUCAAGCCGUACGUGCACGAUUGGCGAUAUGUGAAGAACUCGUCCAUCCGGGUGGUACCACCACACCAGAUCCCGGUGCUGGAAGUGGUUCCGGUGCGGAGUGUGAGGCCACCAUUACAAACCGCACGGAAAUACCAGUUUCAUUACAACCGGAUAUUAUAAGUAAUGAUUAUGAAGUGUUUGUGCCAGAUCGGUAUGAUUUUAAUGUCACCCAGUGUUUGGAUGGUAUGGACUGGGGUUGGCUGGAGAAGUACCUGAAUGAUCACAAGAAUGAGAUCUACAGACGCGAGAGUAAGUGUAAUCGUGGUUGUAUCAUUGGAGUGGCGGUGGCCGCCGCGGUGGUGUUAACAGCCCUUAUUGCUUUAUUGGUGGUUCUCACAUCUAAACGAAGACGACUGGCCGCCGUUGUUGCCCCACCAGACCCGAAGUUUAAGAGUACAUUGGAGGAGGAGGAUCUGGAACUGGCAUCAAGCAAUCCACUGGAAAGUCAUACGUAUGGAAACUCAUCAGGGCGAGACCGAUUCUGA